AUCUGCGAAGGUUAGGACACGUAUCUUUGCCCUUUAGUCACCGUCGACAUUGAAGCAUGCGCUUGCUGCAUGCUCAGUAAACCCGGAUAUCUUGUAGAAGCCUCCGACUGCACCCAGAUGUAACCAAAGCGAAAUCAUUCGUUGUUCAGCAGCAUGCCUCCAGAAAGUGCUGACACCGCGCCAUCCCUGCGACGGCGGCGCGCGAAAAUGGCAUGUAAAACAUGCAACUCGCGCCGGGUGCGCUGCAAUGUCCUCGAAAUGAGACCUUGCGCCAACUGCGCAGCAGCUGAUAUCGCCUGCGAGCUACUACCUUCCAGGAGAGGAAAAUACCAACGGAAGAAACCCCAGAAUACAUCACCAUCUGUCGCCCGAUCUUCCCGAUCUGAAGCCCUUUCACCGAGUAGCCCACAGCCUCAGUUCUCACCUAGCGUGGGCGCGGCCGGGCUUCCGAGUAUUGAGCAACGGCAUUCAGUUGCCUCCCACACCGGUAUCCCUUCUCCACAGGCCUCUCCACAGGCCGGCGGAAUACAAACACAUGACGUCGGACCGCAAGCCAACGCGUCGGAGGUCGCCCAGGCGCAAGCCGCCGAAACGCAUAUCGUUCAAACGCAAACUACCGAAACGCAGGCCAUGGACAGGACCUUGUUCUUUGGCGAGUCAAACUUCUUAACCUGUGUUGCCGGCGAACGAUUCGGCUUGCCGCAGCCCUCCAGUGUGUCCACACAACCAAAGAACAGACUCUCCUACCCGAUUUCGGAUGCCAUCAACCUCAAGGCUUCAAAAAUGUACGCGGCCAGGAAUCCCCAAAUAAGCUCCUUGAGACACGAAUAUCUGCGCAGCGAGGGAGCUUUCACUUAUCCCGAGCUACAAGAUAGCUUACAAGUGCUACGAGCAUAUUUCCGCUGGUUUCAUCCAUGUUUUCCAAUUCUCGACAGGUCCGAGAUAGCGGGGAUGGUCAAAAGUGGUGAGAUAUCUCCACUGCUGUACCAGGCUAUCCUGUUCGUUGGAACCAGCUAUUGCGACGAGGAGACUGUUCACCGUAUGGGUUUUAGAGAUCGCCCCGAGGCGAAAGCCAAGCUCUAUAAUCGGGCCAGGCUCUUGUUUGAUGCCGAUUGGGAGUCGAAUAAGGUGGCAGUUCUCCAAUCUUUGUUCUUAAUGAGCUUCUGGCGAGCUGGGCCCCUCAACGAGAAGAAUUCCAGAUACUGGCUUGGAGCAGCAAUUGGCCUUGCUCAGACUCGCGGGUUUCAUAGAGCGGCACAAAGUACCACAGUAGGGGCAAAGCAAGCUAAAAUGCGGAGACGGAUAUGGUGGUCCAUCUAUGUCCGAGACCGCCAAUCUUCAGCAUCACUAGGCUUGCCAAGCCGAAUACGAGAUGAAGACUGUGAUGUUCAAAUGCUCAGUCCUUUGGAUCUCGAGGAAGAGGAGCCCGAGGGAUCCGCCUCGGAUAUCUUUGGCAAUAACGAACCUGGCCAUAUUCUGUAUGCCCUAGAGAUGGCCAAAUUGGCCAAGUUGCUCGGGAAGAUCAUAACCAACCAAUUCACCCCUGGCGACAGCUACCUUGAUAAAGACGAAAGAUCGAGACUUUCCGAGGCGCUGGUACUGUGGAAGUCCGAGUUGCCAGAAAACAUGCGUGAAUGCAACUCCGAAAGUAGACCUGGCAUGAUCUGGACCUACUUGCUCCAUCUAGCAUACAAUAACCUACAUAUCUACCUUCACCGACGAGCAUAUGUCAGACCUCUCAACGAGGGUGACACGCAGGCUGGUCAAGUCGCUCUUCAAGCGGCGCGCCGGAUUACUAGAAUCGUCGAAGACAUGUUGUCGCAAGACUUGGUGAGGUUUGGUCAACUGCACGUUCUAUUCGCCUCCCUUUGCAUCCACACCAUCAGUCUCCAGCGAUCCAAGGACACCACGCGGAGGCUGGCAGAGCACCGAGCUCAAAUGUGCCUGCUCGGUCUAAAAGAGAUCCAGAAGUACUGGGAGGUCAACAACCUCGUCCUCGAAUUAUUCUUCCAGUACUUGGAUGAAUCAACGGCGAAGAGGCUUCGUGCAUCGGAAUUAGAACCCGUAUCCGAAGCCGUGCCGGAAAAUAAUCCCGCACUCCAACCAGUUCCAAGUCAGCAAUCCUUAGGACCGAACUCGUCACUCGACGAAGUAGCCGUAUCGCCACUUGACCAUGCUGGCCUACCUCAUAACCAAGAGUUAUCACUAGGCACGCAUCCUGCAUUCAGUGAGGAUACACUAUUCCUCGAUAUGCCACAAAACCUGUAUCAAAAUAGCACGGCAGAUCCGUAUGCGUUUUUAAUGGAUUCGCAAACACCCAUAAAUGAUGGACUCGAUAUGCAGGGCUUGCAGUUUCUUCAGCGCUGUCUUUGAGACGACUGGCAGUACUCGACACACUGGAAUGGAAUUUUGCAUGGAGCGGCAAUGGUGUGGUCAACCUUGGAAGCAACUGGAGCCACCAUUACUGCCGCAGCCUUGCGCCCGAACUCGAGUAGGAUAGAAGCGAGCAUUGGGUUUCUACCGUUCAUUGCGAAGCAUUGAAAUGCUUACAACUUCAGUUGGAUUACCAAGUACCGCCGUCA